GUGCCACGUUGCCACUUCUCUUCGGUGCCAAGCUGCAAAAAGCCAGUUCUCCCUCUCUCACACACUCUGCUCAGUAUCUCUCACUUUCCAUUAUACUGGUCUUGUACGCCCACUACGUUCUCUCUCUUUCAUUCCAUUACCACUCUCUCUGUCUAGGUUUUCAGAUUCUCUGAGAGACAAAUUAUUGAGCUGAUUCAAAAAAAGUGGAUUCAGAUCCUUCACUUUUCAACCUGAUCAUAAUUCGGAUCCGAUCCGACCUCAAAACUCGCGGAUUUUCAACCAGAGAUCCGUAAUUUUUUGAAUAAUUUUCCAUUUUUAUUUCAAGACAAACUUCUCUCUCUCGCUCUCCCCUUUAUUGUGUUUGAUUUCUCAGCUUUAUGAGUCUAGUAGAUUAAAGAUGGCACGUGAUGUCUCUUGGUGAGGAAAUUGAUGGUUCUGGUAUCAACAUGAACAUCUUAAAUUAAUUCUUCGGUUGGAGAUCUGGCUUUUAGGCCGGCUGGGUUUAUUUAGAUGGUAUGCAAUACCUGCAUACGAGGUGUGAUUACUCAAAGCGGAAUAUUUUCCAAAACAAGGUUGCAAUUGACAAUUAGGCGGAAUUUACAUGCGGGUCUCCACCUAAGUUAUUUGUUGAAUAGUGAAUUGGUGAUGAAUCUAAGUAUGAUGGUCGAUUCUGGCUCAACAGCAAAACGGGGACCCAUUGUUGAUGUGCUCCCAGAGAAAGACCACGAUGAUGGUGGAUAUGUUAGUGGAGGGUGGAAAAGUGAAGAUGCCAAAUUUAGCUGUGGCUAUUCAAGUUUCAGGGGAAAGAGAGCAACCAUGGAGGACUUCUUUGACAUUAAGAAUACAAAGAUAGAUGGCCAAACGGUCUGCAUGUUUGGAAUUUUUGAUGGUCAUGGUGGUUCCCGAGCUGCUGAGUAUUUGAAGGAGCACUUGUUUGAUAAUCUAAUGAAGCAUCCACAAUUCAUUGAAAACACCAAACUGGCAAUAAGUGAAACGUAUCAGCGAACUGAUGUGGACUUCUUGGACUCUGAAAAGGAUUCCUACCGAGAUGAUGGUUCUACUGCUUCAACAGCAGUUUUAGUUGGUGACCAUCUAUAUGUUGCAAAUGUUGGAGAUUCACGUACUGUGAUAUCAAAGGCCGGGAAAGCAAUACCACUCUCUGAGGAUCAUAAACCAAACAGAAGUGAUGAACGGAAGAGAAUUGAAAAUGCUGGGGGUGUAGUAAUGUGGGCAGGCACCUGGAGGGUAGGAGGUGUAUUAGCUAUGUCACGUGCUUUUGGUAAUCGCAUGUUGAAGCAAUUUGUUGUGGCAGAGCCUGAGAUACAGGAUCAGAAAGUAGAUGGAGAAUUCGAGUUGCUUGUGCUUGCAAGUGAUGGACUAUGGGAUGUGGUACCCAAUGAGGAUGCUGUUUCACUAGCACGAACAGAGGAAGAACCUGAGGCAGCAGCCAGAAAAUUAACAGAGGCUGCUUUUACACGCGGCAGUGCUGACAACAUAACAUGCAUUGUGGUUAGAUUCCAUCAUGACCAGGGAGAUCCAGCGAAUCCCCAGCAUAAUUAGAUAUUGUUAUUUAUGUUGCAUGUAUAGAUUUGUUGAUGCUUUAGGCGAUCUAAUUUUGAAAUCCGUGCAUGCAUGAUAACUGAAUGGGCGUAUGGAGAAGUCCAUUUGUUUAUUCAUUUUUUUGUUGCUCAAUUUGCUCUUGUAUCAAGAAUAUGGACUCAACUGUCCUGUUUUAUUCUAAAGUCGUUUAUACAUCUGUUUGUCUACUUGUUUUUAAUUUUCACUAAUAAAAAGGCGUUUAGCGUCCCC